GUAUGCGGACGUACGAGGACUUCCUGUCCAUCGCUGUCUACUGUCGAGACCGUGUGAACCCGAACAUGUUCAUUUACGCAUUAUCCGUGGCGAUACUUCAUCGUCCCGACACGAAAGAUCUUCCAAUACCACCACUGACCGAGGUGUUCCCAGACAAAUACGUGGACAGCGGGAUAUUCUCUAGGGCUCGAGAGGAAGCCAACGUCGUCCCUGAAGGUUCC